GAGGUUUAGUGGAAAAGACCGAGUAAUUAUUGACUGAAAAUUACUUGUCCCCAGUCCUUCACUGUUGAGCGACGCGGUUACCAAAAAGUGGCGCGCUUUUUGAUAACUUCGCGCGAGGUUCGCGCGCUGUAAAUAUCCACAAAGAAAGCGAGAAAUGGGAGAAAAAUUUUCUGACAUAAUUACAUAAGUUUCUUUCGUCUUUCUUUUGUGCUGAACUCUUUCAGGGGCUUUAGGCAUUUGGUACCGUGAAAUCUCAAGGGGGAAGAGUGACUUUAGAUCAUGUCCCGAUCAGUUACAAUGUAUCGUUACAUGAGAAGUGUGAAGAAAAACAAAUUCAGCAAGCAUGGAGCACUCAAAUCGGCAAAAGCUACGUUGAAUGAUAUAAACCAAAAGCAGUCAAUGCAUAAAAGAAGUUCAUUUGGUCUGUUUGCCUUGCUACCCCGAGAAAUGCGCUUUAGAAUAUUUGGCUUCACCCCACUUUCCGAUCUCGGGCAACUUUCCUUGACAUCGAGACUUCUCACGGACGAGGUAGUGAACUACAUUCACAGCAAGGACGCUUUGCUCGCUAUCGUCCCGAACAUCCAAUUCAAGAGUGAACGGGAAUCUUCCCAGAUUUUCAUAUCCGUGAAAACUGGGUACUGUUGGAACCACUUCAAAGACCUUGGGACAUUACUCAAAAGAGCAACCUGCCUCUUUUCUACCAAAGAGAGGUUAAAAGAAGUCGGAAUAGUUUUGGACAAGCUUAAAGACACACACUCAAAGAUCUGUACCACCCUUGGAAGUGACACCGCCUACAGCUGUUACGGAAAGUUCCUCCAUUCCUUUGUUGCAGGAUGGGAAGAUGAUGAGAAGUUUAAAGCCUAUCUUGCUAUCAAAGGGGCCUCGUGUUUGGAUGACAGAAUUAGGCAGGUGCUUCGCUCCCCGCCAGGAUCACAGCCAUGGUACGAGAGAUACAUAAGGGUAUUCUGUCGAGAAAUAUUCUUGGACAAGGCUAGCGAUCACACUGAGAGAGGAUUCUGGCUUUGCAAAAUACUAAAGCCGUGGCCCCUUGUUUUCCAAGCCCGACUACUUUAUAUCCUAUACGGACCUGUAAACGAUGAAAACGGCAAAUCCGUAAAGAACACUAUUAAUUUUACAGGAACUGUUGACUGGAAUUCGUUACAAAGUUGUCCAACUUAUUUUGGCGUUGAAGACGCUGAACUGAUGGAGCUUGCAGACGCCCUCAAGAUCUUACAUGUGUACUGUGACAGCAAAGACUGGAACGAAGAUGAUUUUAUCAGCGUGUUUGAGGAAUUAACUGGUACACCAUCUGACUGGUGCUGGGAAAAUAUCGCCAAACUACUAAAACUGUGUGGAGAAUCAGUUUGCUUCGAAGUACUUGGAAAUAAAGCUAUGAAUGGGAGAGUACAUGAAUUAUCAUAUUUAGGUUAUUACCUUGGCCAGGUUUUAGGACAAGAUGACAUAAUUUAUGGCAAAGAGAAUGGUAUUCAAUGCUUUUCAAACACCAUGAGACAAAUUCUGGCUGUAAUGCCUAGCAGCAGAGAUCAAGCAGCCUUGACAUCAUCUUUAUUCAAUGUAUGGGAGGAUAACAUACUAAGCCUUGGAGAGGGGCUUCAAGAAGACCUAGAUGCCACUACCCCAGAAGAACAAGAGCAGGUUUUUGCUGCAAGUAUACACAGUCUAGCAAAAAUAGCAGCAAUCUUUGUUAAAGAAUGUACAGUAAAAUGAGAAGACCUCACAGAAGAACAGUUCCAAAUGUCCCUCUGAUGUCCUAUAUGGAGAAGAAAUCAAAUUAUGACAGAAUUUGAUGUAAUGCAGUGCAUCUCUAAAAUGUGGAAAUUUACUGAUGAAAAACCUAAAAAGUGUUACAAAUAUUUUUGGAGAAAUAUUUUGCUUACACUUUUUCAUCUUCAUUUCUAAUGUACCCUUGUCAAAUUACUUAAAUCUCAAAAAAAUAAUUGUAUUAUAAUUCAAAAUCACCAACGAUUUUAAG